AUGGGAGCGUUAUAAACUUGUAUCAAAUAAAGAAUCUGUGAUCAAUAGACUGAGUAUUACAUUCCUUCAAUCUAGAAAAGAAAACAACUUAUUAAGCAUCCACAUAAAUAAAAUACAUUGAUUCCUCCACCUUCAUAGUUAGGAGAGGUUUAUGAAUCAUUAGAACUAUUAGAAUUAUCACUACAUGAAAAUAACAUUAAUCUAAACAUUAAUAAAACAGCUAUUUUAAUUAGGAGUUGCACUAAUCCGAAAUCUACUUAAUUCAACCCGAACAUAAAUCUAUCUUUGAAAUCUAAUAUCCAAAAUCAAUAAACCAUUCAAAAUUUAUCAUUUUAAGAUUCUUUCGAGUAGAGAGAGUAAGAGAUAAUGUAAAAGAAAUAGGCUUAUAAAGAUUCUUAAUUUAAAAUAUUUGCACAUAACCAGGGUGAAAAAAAGGAAGCUCAUGCUCAUAACAUAAAUAGCAAUUCAAUAGCUUAGAGAGCUCAAUUUUCUAAUAAUGAGGAUUCUCCAGUCUCAAUCCAAAGAGAUUCUGACACAAACACAAAAAAAGUAUAUUGA